AUGCCUCAACUCGAAACCUCAUCCUACGCCCUUGCCGCGCUCACUGCCGGCGGCGGUAUAAUGGGCUACGUCCGCACAAGAUCCAUGCCCUCAAUCAUAGCAGGAACCGCUGUCGGUGUCCUCUACGGACUUGGUGGCUACCGCAUCCAGAACCAGCAGCCCUACGGCGUCGAGUUGAGUCUCUUGGCCUCAGUUGUUCUCGGAGGAUCCGCCAUUCCCCGCGCAAUUCGCCUCCGAAAGCCCGUCCCGGUGCUGCUUAGUGUUCUGUCAGUCUUUGGUCUCUUUACCUUUGGCCGGGCGUACCAACAAAAGUUGUAA